AUGGACGUGGACAUGCAGACCGAGUGGAAUAUCCCCACGUCUAAUCGACUCGACGGAUGUUUGGGUGAAGUUCAGGAAUUCGACCUGAUUCAAUUUCCGACUUCUUCCUCUCCCCCUUCCCUAACUAUUACCACAAAACAAGAACAAUCCCACGAGAAAACAACCAUACCGAAGUUUAGCAUGAACACUUGGAAGAAACUUCCUCCCAUCAACUUGGCAGGUCUCGCCAAAAUGUCCCCAUCCCUGCUCGGUAUUUCAACUUCCAAGUUGGAGACUGGCAUUUUGAUUCUUUGCCAAUCAUGCCAAUCGUGCCAACUACUAGCAAGCUCAAGUCUGCAUCUCCACUCUUCCAAGGGCCUCUAA